CAGUGGAAAGGAGAGAUGCAAGAUGAAGAAAAUGUUUUCUUCACGAAGUCAUCAGGUGGAAAGAAUUGUUAUGUAUGCCACUACUUAGGAGUUGCUGACACAAAAGGCAAAACAGGCCAAAGGGUUCCCAUUAUGUGGCCCUCCCAGCCAAUGAGCUCGGCGCUGUUUGCAGCCGUUAGGUUGGCAGCGCGUCCACUUGCUCAGUUAUCAGCCGGUGGCGCGACGCUCCAGCAGCUGGCUUCCACUCAUCUUCAAUUGACGUCUGGCAGACGUACGGGAGAGCAGUGUUCCCAUUGGCAGUGCGAGCGACGCAGAAACAGCAGCCGUGACAUGGCGACAGCGAAGAAGGUCUUCAAUUUCGGAGCCGGGCCGGCCAAACUGCCGCGGGAGAUAUUGCUUCAGGCUCAACGUGAGCUCUUGGACUACGACAACACUGGCAUGAGCAUCAUGGAGAUGAGCCACCGGUCUGCCAAAUACACAGAACUCAACAACAGAGUCCAGCAGGACAUGCGAGACCUCUUAAAAGUACCAGAUAAUUACAAAAUACUUUUCCUACAAGGUGGCGCAACAGGUAUAUUUUCAGCAGUUCCAAUGAACCUCAUGCCAGCCGGUGGAAAUGCUGAUUACAUUGUGACUGGAAGCUGGUCAAGCAAAGCAGCUAAAGAGGCAGCCAAGUAUGGAAAAGUGAAUAUGGUACUGCCAAAGAUGGAUGCGUACAAUGACAUCCCUAACCAAUCUACUUGGAAGCUCAGUCCAGAUGCAUCAUAUGUUUAUUAUUGUGCCAAUGAGACAAUACAUGGUGUCGAAUUCAGGUACAUUCCAGACACAAAAGGUGUCCCACUUGUCUGUGAUAUGUCUUCAAACUUCCUUUCAGAAGAAUUUGAUGUGUCUAAGUUUGGGGUGAUAUUUGCCUGCGCCCAGAAGAAUGUUGGAACAUCAGGAGUAACAGUGGUGAUAAUCCGUGAAGAUCUCAUAGGAAAGGCACAGCCAAUAGUGCCAACAAUCCUGGACUUCAAAAUCAAUGCACAGGACAAUUCAGUGCACAAUACUCCUCCAAUGUAUCCAAUUUACAUUAUGGGACUCUACUUACAAUGGAUUAAGAAGCAAGGAGGGGCAGCAGCAAUGGGUCAGCAAGCCCAGCAGAAGAGUCGCCGCGUCUAUGAGGUUGUCAACAGCUCUGCUGGCUUCUACAGCCUGCCUGUUGCUGAACACUGCAGAAGCCGCAUGAAUGUGCCAUUCAGAAUAGCUGGUGGAGAUGCAGCUUUGGAGAAGAAAUUCCUGGAAGGUGCUGAGGAGAGGGGCAUGCAACAACUGAAGGGCCACAGGUCUGUAGGUGGCAUCCGGGCAUCACUGUAUAACGCGAUCACCAUGGAUGAAGUAGAAGCCUUAAUAAAGUACAUGACUGACUUCCAGAAGGAGCAUGCAAAAAAGUGAAAGCUGCUCGAGACAACUGACUGCUACUAUAUGAAAUGUGUGCACAAUACCUUCCGAUUUCAUGCUGCGAUAUUUAUAUUUGAGAUGGUGAAAGUUGCAUCCAGAUGUAACAAGGGCAGCUAAAGACUCAUUUACGAAGUAAAUGUGUUUGUGAGACGACCCAUUACUUCCCGCUCUCUCUCAUCCUUCAACCAAGUAACUGGUAAUUUCAGCUCAUUCCUUUGACUUUGUACAAGACAAGUCCAUCAAACUUCUGUAUUUUUAUUUGCAUAGUCUGCUAGACAAUAAAGAGAACAUGUUACACUUA